AUGAAAAGUCGAGCUCGUUCUCCUUCUAAGAAAAAGGCAUUGUCAAUCAAUCAAGGGUUGCUCAAGAAAAAGGUUUUGCCUCCCAAUAGAACCAACAAGGUGGAAAAUGGAGAUAACAAGAAGGUUCAAAUGUGCAUUGGAAGGAAGGGACAGACAUACAACUCUGUUGAUAUAAGUUCAUCAGCCCAAUUGCGAGCUGAAAUAUUUCAAACAACUUUACCUUCUGAAUUUCCAUAUUUUCUCAAAUGUAUGCUCUCUUUCCAUGUCACUGGGGGAUUUUGUUUGAGCUUUCCAAAAAGAUUUUGUGUUUCUCAUUUACCAAAACAUGAUGCUAAUGUUGUUUUGGUGGAUGAAGAUGGAGAUGAAUUUUUCACCAAGUAUCUAAUUGGCAAAAACGGAUUGAGUGGGGGGUGGAGAGGUUUCUCCAUUGCUCACAAUCUUGUUGAAAAUGAUGUGUUGGUCUUCCAAUUGAUUGAGACUUGCAAAUUUAAGGAUUUUUUUCGUGAAAAUUUAUCAAAUAGAAAACCAGAAAUCGAUCGAGAAGGGAUAAAAUUGGAUGUAGUGUAUGACUGGGUGGCAGUAACGAUGGUUCUGAGAAAGUUAUCAGAGCUGGUGAAUGGGGACGAUGUAGAAGGGAUAAAAUUGGAUAUCUGGGUGGGUUUUUAG